AUGAAUUCUCAGCUCUUUUGCAUUGUCAAUUACAGGAGCUCAGCUGUAAAUCCUGGCCACACUGGGCUCCAGUUUGAGAGGGCUGGGUUGGGACGCGGGUCCCCACUAGGAGCCGCGGGGGAGGGGCAGGGCCGGAGUCCCUACCCUCGUGGGGGAGGGGCUGGUUCGGGACGCGGCUCCCCCGGGGCGCAGGGGCGGGGCCGGGUGGUACGCCGGGUCCCCUCCCACGGCCGUGAGGGAGGGGCCGGCGGCGGGGGCGGACCCCUGGCGGUCCUCCUGGCUGGGGUCCGCGCGCUCGCGGCAGCUCCCCGUGGAGGUCACUGCCUGUGCCAGUCCCUCCCGCUGUCCCGCCCUCUCCCGCUGCCGCCGCCGCCGCCGCCGCCGCCGCCGCCGCGCCCGCCUCAGCGCCCCCACUCCGCGCUUGGGAGCGAGGAGCCGCCAGCGCCCCCGCCCCGCCGCCGCCGCCGCAGCGCCCUCAGGCCGCCAUUCGCCACCGAAACUUUCCAGCGCCCGCGCUCUCUCCGGGACUCGGCGGCGGCGGGGCGGGGGCGGCCCGGGGGCGGCGCGCGGCUGCUCUGGGGCGCCGGGCCCUCUUCGGCCGCCGCACGGCCGGGGCUCGGAGGCUGCCGGCCGGAGGGAGGUUCGGAGCGCGGCCGGGCGCGCGGCGCCGCCACAAGUUGCGCUGCUCGCGACGAGAUUUCCGUGAGGGUGGAAGAAAAUCAUACCAUAUCAGAUGCCUCGCAGAGCACCAGGCCCACCGUGAAAGACACAGUGUUCCUGCCCUCUGCCCUCUGGAUGCUACAGCAACAAGGUGCCAUGUUGGAAGGAAGCAGAGAAUAUCCCUCACCAAAUAAUCAAUCCUGCUGGUGCCUUAAUUGUGAACUUCUCAGCCUGCAGAACUCACGAAGGUCAUCACCAUAUAGGCUGAUUGAUCUUGGACUUCCAAGCCUCCAGAACUCAAAUCAGUGAAUUUAAAAACAUUUUACAGAGGGCGGGGCCAAGAUGGCCAACUAGAAGCCACGGUGUUGGGAGGCUGCUAUCAGAAAAGACCAUAAUAAGCAUGUGAAUCCUUCAUCAGCAACCAAGGUAUCCGGGUUCUCUCAUCAAAAUUGACUAGAAGGCUGGCGUGACCCACAGAGAGAAGGAAGAACAGUGUGGUGUGGUGGCCCACCUGAGAGUCACAUGGGGAAGGGAACCCCCUCACCCCAGAUAAGGCAGGCGGUGAGUGAGCACGCUACCCAGCCGGGGAAACUGCUUUUCCACAGAACUGUGAAACCCACGGAUUGGAAGAUCUCACUCGUGAACCCACGCCACCGGGGCCUCGCGUCCCAGCCCCGGAACACACAGAUUCUUACAGCCUCUCAGCUGGAAUCUGCUUAAGCUUACCAAACUCCUCGGGGAGGGGUGACCAGUACCAGCUGCAGCUGCCUGCUGUCUAAGCCCUUUGAACUCCUGCAGGGAGGGGCAGCAGCCAGCACUGGCACUGGCAACUGCCUAACAUGCUAAGCUCCCUGGACAGGGGGAAGGGUGGCACCCAUUUCUGUAGCUACAGGCUACGCUUUUCCCCUGCUAGAGCCAGGGAGGCUGGACAGCUUGGUCCCAAGACUUGUCGCCACAGCCCAACACACUGGCUGUGGCAGUCUGCGGCUAGAGUGCCUCUUCAGGCCCAAUCCCAACCCAUCCUUUCUUAGUUGGGGUGUGUGUGUGGGGGGGCGCUUCCCUGCUGGAUCUCCAAUAACUCCAGCCAGAGGCUAAGGGACAGAAUUCGGAUCUCCUGGGCCUCAGCCCAUAGGGGAGGGGUGGCCGCAGUCUCUGCUGACCAGCAGAUUUAGCUUUUCCUCCUGGUAGUUCCAAGUAAUCUGGACAGCCCAGACGAGUGGGUUUCCCCCAAGCAAAACACACCCUCUCCACCAAGGGACAGAGUGCUCCAUUAAACGGGUCCUGCUCCCUGUGCCACCCAACUGGGUGAGACCCUUCAACAGGGCUUGUCAGAUACCCUCUGCAGGAGCGAUCCUACUGGCAUCAGGUUGGUGCCCCUUGAGGUCAGAGGUCCCAGAAGAAGGAGUAGGCACCCAUCUUUGCUGCUCUCCAGCAUCCUUAAUGACAUCUCCAGGCAUGGGAGUGAAUCAGAUGAAUAAGGCCUGAAGGUGAACCACCAGCAAACUGCAGCAGCCCUACAGAAGAGGGACUGGACUACUGAAAGAAAAACAAGCAGAAAGUGACAACAACAGCAUCAACAACAACAAUCAAAUAAAAGGUCCCCACAAAAAUCUCAUCCAAGGGUAGCAGCCUCAAAGACUGAAACUAGACAAACUCAAGAAGAUGAGAAAGAAUCAAUGAAAAAAUGCUGAAAACCCAAAAGGCCAGAGUACCUCUUCUCCUCCAAAUGAUUACAACGUCUCUCCAUCAAGGGCACAGAACUGGACGGAGGAUCAGAUGGAUGAAUUGACAGAAGUAGGCUUCAGAAGAUGGGUUAUAAAAAACUACAAUGAGCUAAAGGAGCAUGUUCUAACCUAAUUCAAAGAUGCUAAGAACCUUGAUAAAAGGUUAGAGGAAUUGCUAACUAGAAUAACCAGUUUAGAGAGGAACAUAAGCAACCUGAUGGAGCUGAAAAACACAGCACGAGAACUUUGUGAAGCACACACAAGUAUCGUGAAGCAUAAACAAGUAUCAACAGCUGAAUCGACCAAGUGGGAGAAAGGAUAUCAGAGUUUGAAGACCACCUUACUGAAAUAAGACAUGCAGACAAGAAUAGAGAAAAAAGAAUGAACAAAGCCUACCAGAAAUAUGGGACCUCAUAAAAAGACUGAACCUACGAUUGAGUGGAGUACCAGAAGGAGGUGGGGAGAAUGGAAACAAGCUGGAAAACACACUUCAGGAUAUUAUCCAGGAGAACUUCCCCAAACUACCAAGACAGGCCAACCUGCAAAUUCAGGAAAUACUGGGAACACCAUUAAGAUACUCUAUGAGACGAUCAACCCCAAGACACAUAAUCAUCAGAUUUUCCAAGGUCGAAAUGAAGGAUAAAACUAAGGGCAGCCAGAGAGAAAGGCUAGGUCACCUACAAAGGGAAGCCCAUCAGACUGACAAUGGACUUCUCAGCAGAAACUCUACAAGCCAGAAGAGAUUGGGGGCCAAUAUUCAACAUUCUUAAAGAAAAGAAUUUUCAACCCAGAAUUUUAUAUCUAGCCAAACUAAGCUUUCUAUAAAAUCCUUUCCAGACAAGCAAAUGCUGAGGGAUUUUGUUACCACUAGGCCUGCCCUGCAAUGUCUCCUGAAAGAAGCACUAAAUAUGGUAAGGAAAAACUGGUACUAGCCACUGCAAAAACACAUGAAAAUAUAAAGACCAAUGACACUACAAAGAAACUGCAUCAACUAAUGUACAAAAUAACCAAAUAGCAUCAUGAUGACAGGAUCAAAUUCACACAUAACAAUAUUAACCUUAAAUGUAAAUGGGCUAAAUGCCCCAAUUAAAAGACACAGACUAGCAAAUUGGAUAAGGAGUCAAGACUCAUUGGUGUGCUGUAUUCAGGAGACCCAUCUUACAUGCAAAGACACACACAGGCUCAAAAUAAAGGGAUGGAGGAAAAUUUACCAAGCAAAUGGAAAGCAAAGAAAAAAAGCAGGAGUUGCAAUCCUGGUCUCUGACAAAACAGACUUUAAACCAACAAAAAUAAAAACAGACAAAGAAGGGCAUUACAUAAUGGUAAAGGGAACAAUUCAACAAGAAGAACUAACUAUUCUAAAUGUAUAUAUAUGCACCCAAUACAGGAGCACCCAGAUUCAUAAAAUAAGUUCUUAGAGACCUGCAAAGAGACUUAGACUCCCACACAAUAAUAGGGGGAGACUUUAACACCCCACUGUCAGUAUUAGGUCAGUGAGACAGAAAAUUAACAAGGAUAUUCAGGACUCGAACUCAGAUCUGGAUCAAGUGGACUUAGUAGAAGUCUACAGAACUCUUUACCCCAAAUCAACAGAAUAUACAUUCUUCUCAGUGCCACAUGGCACUUAUUCUAAAAUCAACCACACAAUUGGAAGUAAAACACUCCUCAGCAAAUGCGAAAGAACUGAAAUCAUGACAGACAGUCUCUCAGACCACAGUGCAAUCACAUUAGAACUCAGGAUUAAGAAACUCAUUCAAAACCACAUAAUUUCGUGGAAAUUGAACAACUUGCUCCUGGAUGACUCCUGGGUAAAUAAUGACAUUAAGGCAGAAAUCUAGUAUUUCUUUGAAACCAAUGAGAAUAAAGAGAUAAUGUACCAGAAUUUCUGGGACACAGCUAAAGCAGUGUUAAUAGGGAAAUUUUGCACUAAAUGCCCACAUCAGAAAGCUAAAAAGAUCUCAAAUCAGCACCCUAACAUCACAAUUAAAAGAGCUAGAGAGGCAAGAGCAAACUAAUCCAAAAGCUGGCGGAAGGUAAGAAAUAACUAAGAUCAGAGAAGAAUCGAAGGUGAUAGAGACGCAAAAAAGCCCUCCAAAAAAUCAUUGAAUCCAGGAGCUGGUUUUUUGAAAAAAUUAACAAAAUAGAUAGACUGCUAGG